GUUUAAUAUUUUAUUGACACAACAAAACGCGAGAUAUCAGAGAAACCAAAAACAGAACCCAACACAGAGAAACAAAGAGAAGAAAAAGAACGAAAGCAGAAAGACAUAGGUUUCACUUUUGAUUUUCUUUGACUGUUUAACAACACAGAGAAGCAGACAAUGACCCAAAGCACACUUUAGUUAGCAAGCCAGCUCAAUCCCUCCAAAAAGCCCCAACUCUGAUUCGCUUCUUCUAAGCCAAUCAAACAAUCCAACCCAUUUAUGUACUUUUGCCUCAUGGAAAUUCCUUCUCUUUUUCCUCCAGCCUGAAUUUUCUCCUAAAAAAGAUGGACUUCAAUCAUAUCUUCAUUCGGAUUCAUGUGUUUCCAUGCAUUGUUGACUCAAGUUGAUGUCAUUGAAGAUGGAACUGCUUUUUGGAGCUUUAUUACUGGCACUCUUACAUGCUUUUGUGUUGUCUGAUUUGCAAGGGGAUGCACUCUAUCAAUUGAAGCUUUCGAUGGGUGCUCCAGCCAAUGAGUUAUCAAAUUGGUAUCAAAAUCAAGUCAACCCAUGCACUUGGUCAAAUGUUAUCUGUGACCCUAGUAAUCAAGUCACUUCUGUAACAUUAUCUGGCAUGAACUGUUCUGGAACCUUAUCUCCUAAAAUAGGAAUUCUGAAGGCUCUUACUACACUAACAUUGAAAGGAAAUGGCUUAACUGGUGAGAUACCCAAAGAGUUUGGAAAUUUGUCGAGUCUAUCCAGCUUAGAUUUGGGAAAUAAUCGUUUAAGUGGCGAGAUACCAUCUUCCCUUGGCAAUCUUGAAAGGCUUCAAUUUUUGACUUUGAGUCAAAACAACCUCACUGGAGCUAUCCCUGAAUCACUUUCUGGUUUUCAAAAGUUGAUUAAUAUUCUAAUCGAUUCAAAUAAUCUCAGUGGUCAAAUUCCUGAGCAUCUGUUCCAAAUUCCAAAAUACAAUUUCACUGGAAAUCGCUUAAAUUGUGGUGCAAACUUUCCCAAACCCUGUGAAUCUGAUAGUAGUGAUUCAGGUGCUUCAAAUAAGCCAAAGAUUGGUAUUAUAGUUGGAGUUGUUGGAGGAACUAUAAUUCUUCUUCUUUUUGGAGGACUUCUGUUUUUUGUUUGCAAGGGUAGACACAAAGGUUUCAAACGUGAAGUGUUUGUGGAUGUUGCAGGUGAAGUUGACCGAAGAAUUGCUUUUGGUCAAUUGAAAAGAUUUGCAUAUCGGGAAUUACAGCUGGCAACAGACAACUUCAAUGAGAAAAAUAUUCUUGGACAAGGGGGUUUUGGAAAAGUUUAUAAAGGAGUGCUUCAAGAUAACACAAAAGUGGCUGUUAAACGUUUGACUGAUUUUGAAAGUCCAGGAGGAGAUGCAGCUUUCCAACGUGAAGUGGAGAUGAUAAGUGUAGCUGUUCACAGGAAUCUACUACGGCUGAUAGGGUUUUGCACUACACCAUCAGAGCGGCUUUUGGUGUAUCCAUUUAUGCCAAAUUUAAGUGUGGCUUAUCGUCUAAGAGAACGUAAACCUGAGGAGCCUGUUUUAGGUUGGGAAACAAGAAAAAGAGUGGCAUUAGGUGCAGCACGUGGACUGGAGUACCUUCAUGAACAUUGCAAUCCUAAGAUUAUUCAUCGGGAUGUUAAGGCUGCUAAUGUACUAUUAGAUGAAGAUUUUGAAGCAGUUGUUGGUGACUUUGGCCUGGCGAAGUUGGUGGAUGUAAGGAAGACUAAUGUGACAACUCAAGUUCGUGGGACAAUGGGCCACAUAGCUCCUGAGUACUUAUCUACUGGAAAGUCAUCUGAAAGAACGGAUGUUUUUGGUUAUGGGAUUAUGCUUCUAGAGCUUGUAACAGGUCAACGGGCAAUUGACUUUUCACGGUUGGAAGAGGAGGAUGAUGUCUUGUUGCUCGACCAAGUCAAAAAGCUGGAGAGGGAAAAAAGACUGGAUGCUAUUGUAGAUCGCAACCUUCAUAAACAUUACGGCAUUCAGGAAGUGGAGAUGAUGAUCCAAGUUGCAUUACUCUGUACCCAAGCAUCACCAGAAGACCGUCCAGCAAUGUCAGAGGUUGUGCGAAUGCUGGAAGGAGAGGGUCUGGCUGAGAGAUGGGAAGAGUGGCAGCAUGUUGAGGUUACACGCAGGCAAGAAUAUGAAAGGCUGCAGAGAAGAUUUGACUGGGGAGAAGAUUCAUCAUAUAACCAGGAUGCUAUUGAGCUAUCUGGUGGAAGAUGAGGGUGGCAGAUUUCCACAAUGCAUUCGAAGCAUGCAAUUCGUUUUCUUGGGCUAGUUUUGAUGUUUUCCUUCACUGUAGCAAUUAUGAAUUAAAAAUGAUUUCACAUAUGAUUGGUUGCUCAUGUGAGAAGAUCUCCUCUUUCACCCUUCGUUUCAUUUCAAAUUUGCCUUUUUGUGUAGCCACUUUUUGUAUAAUGAAGCUUUUCUUGAUGCUAAUAUGGACUAUAAUUUCAUUACAA